AUGGCCAACAAAAGAAAAAGAGUUUCCGGAAAUACUGAAAAUAAAAAAACCAGGGAAGUAAAAGCUAGAACAGUAGAGGAGAAAGAUGCAGUCGACAGAUUCAGUGAUCUACCAGACCAUCUUCUUUUGAAGAUCAUGUCAUCACUUACGAUUAAAGAACCAAAUCAAACAUGCGUUCUAUCAAAACGAUGGAAGGAUGUUUUUACGUCGAUAUCUGAUAUUGACCUUGAUGGCUUUCUAAAGAAUCAACCUUUGCGUGAUACUUUCAUGAACUUCGUGGGCAGAUUUCUGCUGUUGCGUAAGGAUAUCGAUGUCAAGAGUUUCCGUCUUGACUGUGGAUUUGGCAUGGAUCCUUGUAGAAUCAGUGGAUGGGUACACUAUGCCCUACGGAUUGGCGUUACAGAUCUUGAUUUAAACAUUAAAACAAGGGAAUCUAUUCAGUUUCAAUCUGGGGUUUUCACUUGUAAAACACUCAAGACAUUGAAGUUAUGCUUCGAUCGAAGUUUCACCCUGCGUGUUCCCACAAGCUGUUGUCUGCAAAAUCUCGAAGUUCUCCAGCUCAGUGAUCUAACAUUCUCAGAUGAUGAAUCUAUUCAAAAGUUAAUCUCGAGCUGCGUUGAUUCACUCGAAGAAUUACGUGUUGAAUAUUGUAAUUUGAGCAACGUAAACAAACUCGGUGUUUGCAGUACUAAACUCAAGAGGCUAACCAUAACGAGUUAUCAAGGCCCUAGUCAAGAACUGGAGAUAAACACCCCAAAUCUGUGGAUUUAUUUGCGGUUGGACGGAUGCUACAUUGGAUGGGGAACAUUGUUCGCUACUAGUCCAUCACUUGAAACCAUUGUUUUUGACUUAGAGAUGUUUUCUCCUGUAGAUUUUCAUAUAAAGAAGGAAGUUUCGUCUUGUUUACUGCAUGGUAUCAAGAAAAUCAAAGUUUUUGCUUUAAGAAGAACGGAUAUUAAGUUCAUUGAAUAUGCUUUGAUGGAGGCAUUUGCUUUAGAGAGCUUGGUAGUAGAGGGUAGCAACGUAGAUAAGGCAGCUGGCUUCUGGAGGCUUCAGCGUGGCAGUAGGGCGUUGGAUCACCUGGCAGUGAUGGAAGCUGCUGUAACUGAUGCGUGGAAGGGCUGCUCGUUGAAAGCUACUGGAAAUGAUGCAUGGAGGGGCUGCUGGAUGGAGGGGGCUGCUCGGCCUUUAUCAAGGGAUCUUCUAAGAUGUGACAAUGUUCGGAAGAGUGCAACCUUUCUCCGACUCGUUAAGUCUGUAGAAGAUUCAGAUGCAGGGAUGUUUCACUGUCUGGAUUAG